GUUUGAGCUCUAGAAGAUGGCGUCGGUUAGGUCACCCCUCUCGUCGGAGUCCGAAGGGGAGCUUUAUGAGGUAAGAGCCGUUACACGUUAUUAAUUAACUGACUGGCUUUUCUUUUCAACGGGAGGUUUUCCCCUUUGGAGCUUAUUCUGUUUUUUCCUCGGUAAGAGAACGAAGAUUACAGUUUUGCCUAAAAUCUUCGAUCUGCUAGCUGCUUUAUCUGAUUCGUACGAAUUUACAAUGCUUGCUCAAUCGGUGGCGAUUAUUAUUAUGUAAUGGCAUUAUUUGUUUAAAUGCUAAGACUGGAGCUUUGUAGCGUUUACUUUUCAGUCAAUGCGAUCCCUGGGUACUAUUUGGGCUUAUAGAAAAUGAUCCUCGAUCGCAUAAAUUUACUCUGCGCUUUCUCUGUCGAAUGCACUGGAUACUAUCAAUUACGAAAUCGAUUAAGUGUUCUUAUUAUCGUCCUUUAUGCAAAAUGUUGGAGAACGACCUACGACCUACGAUGUAUUUUAAGAAUGAUUAAGUUGAAAUUCCUUUUAGUUUGAAUUUUGUUUUUCUCUGUUUCAAGAUUGUGGUGGAACAUCUUGAAACAUGGGGAAGUACACAUAAAACUAGUUGAAAAUAUUUUGACCCAAAAGGUAUUUUAAAGUACAAAAUAUAUGUCCACACAAUGAUACAUUUGUAUUCCAGGUUGAAAAGCUUCUUGGAAAAAGAACUCACAAUGGCAAAGUGGAGUAUCUCAUACGCUGGAAAGGCUGCAGGAAAGAGGACGACUCAUGGGAACCAGUGAAGAAUUUGAAGGGCUGCCAACCUUUGAUUAAACACUUUAACAAAACACGUUCUCCUUCUCCAGGGAGAAAGGCCAAGACACCAAAGGUAAACUUUUUACAUGUUUUUGUAAUCUUACAGCUGUGUCUUUCUGUUCAAGACUUAUGAUUACAUGAUUAUUGAGAACUAAUGUCGUAAACUUUAUUAUACAAGUUGAGGGUUUAUUGGUGGGGCAGAAUUAAAAAUAUAUAACUCAUAAUACACAUUGAUUUUGUAUUUCUCUCUCCGUCUUUGACAGAAGUCUCAAGUAAUACAAAAAGUACAGACGACAACAACACCAAAAGUUGAAGAGUACACUAAACUGAAAACCCCAACCACUCAAUCAGCAGAUUUUGUGAUUCUUCAUAGGAAAAAAGGUGGAUUCUUUUAACUGUAUGAAGCUAUUUUAAAGAUUUAACAGCCACAUAUUCCUUGGAAGUACACAAAGUUUGUCCCAAUUUUGUUUGAACUUCCUUAGCCUUUGCAAAUACUGUACUUAAUGGACUCUGAGGUUGAUGCUUAUUCAAGGGUUGUUAUGUACUGUAAGCUUUAUUGACUUGAUGUUUAAGAAUUAAAUGCUAAGUGGAGUUGACUAAUGCUGGAUGUUUUUAUAACUGCACAUUCUUCCAAUUGCUGUUUUUUCAAAAACUGUCACAAUAUCAAGCACCCUAUAAUAAGUUCAACCUUCUGUUGACUAAUGAACAGUUUUCACUCACUCACAGGUUAUUUUCUGUGCAAGCUAACCAUAGAUAAUUUGAAUUAACAGACAGAUUACUGAGAAUAUUUGGAAUCAACUGUGUAUUAUUCAAAUGUCAUAUUUUGUUUUUACUCUUUGCAUAAAAUGUGCCAGUUCGGUCAAGCUUCGCUGGGAAAGGGUUCAUUCAGCCACAGUGAAAUGAAUCUUCAAACUGUUUUCCUGCUUGGAUAUUCCAUUUUCUCUUGACUCUUCCAUAUUGUGAUUAAAUAUGCAUGCACACUACUUUAAUAGAAGUAUUCAUACAUUUUUUUUUUUACUUUUUGCAUUCAUUUGUCAUCAACUUCUGAUCACCCAAACUUUUUUCAAUGUCUGUGGAAGGUUUGAGUCAUUGAGAAUUGACUGAACUUUUUUGAACUCAUAUGUGGGAUAUGUUCACUUGACUCACAGGGCCAAUAACUUACAAACAAGAAACAAAAGAAGAAAAAGAAGUUGAGAUUACUACAAAGACAGACACUGUGGGGGAGAUAAAAAUUGAGGAAAAGAAACCCAUCACAGAAGAAGAGCCUUCCAAACCUUUACCCGAGGAAAAGACUACUGCAGUAGCAGUCAAUGCAAGGAAGGAGGUUUUAAAAGUUUUUGCUGCGUUAGUUGUCUUAACAUUUUUCAUUCUUAUUUUAUUCUCAUUUUUUCGUGUUGUAGGAGAUAAGUAAGUGUUUGCAAUUUAGUGCUUUUACGCAAAGGUUUUAACUUGAUUUUAUAAUACAUUUAUAUUUGUUUAUAUUUUGUGGUAGCAGCUUAGGGAGUUAUGAAUGAGUAUUAGCAGGUUAUGGAUGUGUGGAAGAUACUAUAUUGCCACAGGGAUAUGGAAUCUGUCUCUGCUUUUUUUUUUUUUUUUUUUUUCUUUUUGAUGAUGUCUCUCACUUUUUAACUUUGCUCAUCUUCUCAAGACAAGAAGAGAAAUUCAAGAGGAUAAAUACUGAAACUCAAAGAAAUGUGAAAGUUUACUUUUAAGCCCAAAGGGGUUUGUAGGCUUUAUUAUCAAGUGCACAUGUAACAAUUUUACUGAGUGCCAAAUUGAAGAUUCUGCAUUGAGAAAAUCUUAGACACACCUUUCUUGUAAUGCAUGCAGAGGCUUGCAGCAUAUGUACUCAUGCUUGAAUGCUGCGAUAAGGUGGCGCAUCAGAGCUCUAUAGACCAUUAUUUUCCCAAUUACAAGUAGAUUUCCUGGAAUUUUCAAGUAGCAACACUACAACCCCAUAAAUAUCAGAUCAGCAAUGCUCCUUACAUACAUGUAAGGUCAUCUGAUCUUGUCAACUGUUCACUGCAAUGCAUAAUGUGUUGAUGCUUUAAAGAGGAGUUACAGUUUUUAGACAGCCUUUUGCCUCUCCACCCCAAUACUAUUUACAAUUUACAGUUUUUUUUUUUGCUUGGGCAAUUUUGUUAUUCCACUGAACUCUAAAAUUUUUGGAACAUUCUCAAGUUUGGUCAGUAUUUUAAUCUCAAACAAAUUCAGAUUUUUUUUGACAAACCCAAAGUCUGAAGAUUCAUUUUCUUAGUUGAAAGUUUUAAAGCCAAGACAGUACCUUAAGACUUGUGCUUCAGAGGUGUGUUAACUAACCAGAGGUAUAAAUUUUUCAGGAAAAGUCUUUCAUUUCAAUAAUUGAUAGUAUUUAUUUUUUAUGUCAAUGCAUCAGGUGAUAAUAAUUAUUUUAUGUCUUUCAUACAUGUUUGUAAUGGAUACAAAAUAUGUGUACCUGAUAACUGGGAAGUGCUGCCAGUUGAAACAAAUACUUCUAGUCACAGCUUUGUACAGUUUUUUAGUGAUAGUUGAAAUUAAACACUGUAGAAACGCCAGUUCUAACAAGAGAUAUUAAAGAAACAUUUGAAGAAUUGCCA